GAGCGGAGGAGGAGACCCUGCGGCGCGCGGCGGCGACUCCGGGUGGCCCGGGGCCGAGCGGCGGCGCGGCUCUGGUUGGCUGAGCGCCGCGGGCCGCCCCCCGCCCCCCGCCACCCCCUCCCCGGCUCCCCUCCCCCGCCUCCCGCGGCGCCUGGCGUCGGGAAAGUACAGUGAAAAGUCCAAGCGCAGCCGCCCGGCUCAGGAUGGGAUCCGGCUCCUCCAGCUACCGGCCCAAGGCCAUCUACCUGGACAUCGAUGGACGCAUCCAGAAGGUGAUCUUCAGCAAGUACUGCAACUCCAGCGACAUCAUGGACCUGUUCUGCAUCGCCACCGGCCUGCCUCGGAACACGACCAUCUCCCUGCUGACCACUGACGACGCCAUGGUCUCCAUCGACCCCACCAUGCCCGCGAAUUCCGAACGCACUCCCUACAAAGUGAGACCUGUGGCCAUCAAGCAACUCUCUGCUGAUGCGAGGACAGGAGAACCACAAGCCCCGCGGCUGCCGAGAGGCCACUGAGGCACAGAUGGGCUGUGGGCCUGGAGCCGCGCCGGAGGGAAGGAGCAUUUGAAAGAGCCCAGGUCCAGAGAAGCCCGGGGCUGCUGCCAGGAAGGCCUCCAGAGAGAGAAGAAUUGAUCCAGAGCGUGCUGGCGCAGGUAGCAGAGCAGUUCUCAAGGGCAUUCAAAAUCAAUGAACUGAAAGCUGAAGUCGCAAAUCACUUGGCUGUGCUGGAGAAACGCGUGGAAUUGGAAGGACUAAAAGUGGUGGAGAUUGAGAAAUGCAAGAGUGACAUUAAGAAGAUGAGGGAGGAGCUGGCGGCCAGAAGCAGCAGGACCAGCUGCCUCUGUAAGUACAGUUUUUUGGAUAACAGCAAGAAGUUGACUCCUCGACGUGAUGUUCCCACUUACCCCAAGUACCUGCUCUCUCCAGAGACCGUCGAGGCCCUGCGGAAGCCAACCUUUGACGUCUGGCUUUGGGAGCCCAACGAGAUGCUGAGCUGCCUGGAGCACAUGUACCACGACCUCGGGCUGGUCAGGGACUUCAGCAUCAACCCCGUCACCCUCAGGAGGUGGCUGCUCUGUGUGCACGACAACUACAGAAACAACCCCUUCCACAACUUCCGGCACUGCUUCUGCGUGGCCCAGAUGAUGUACAGCAUGAUCUGGCUCUGCAGCCUCCAGGAGAAGUUUUCCCAAACGGAUAUCCUGAUCCUAAUGACAGCAGCCAUCUGCCACGAUCUGGACCACCCCGGCUACAACAACACGUACCAGAUCAACGCCCGCACAGAGCUGGCAGUUCGCUACAAUGACAUCUCGCCGCUGGAGAACCACCACUGUGCCGUGGCCUUCCAGAUCCUCGCCCAGCCUGAGUGCAACAUCUUCUCCAGCGUCCCCCUUGAUGGGUUCAAGCAGAUCCGACAGGGAAUGAUCACAUUAAUCUUGGCCACUGACAUGGCAAGGCAUGCAGAAAUCAUGGAUUCUUUCAAAGAGAAGAUGGAGAAUUUUGACUACAGCAAUGAGGAGCACAUGACCCUGCUGAAGAUGAUUUUGAUAAAAUGCUGUGAUAUCUCUAAUGAGGUCCGGCCAAUGGAAGUUGCAGAGCCUUGGGUGGACUGCUUAUUAGAGGAAUAUUUCAUGCAGAGCGACCGCGAGAAGUCAGAAGGCCUCCCCGUCGCCCCGUUCAUGGACCGAGACAAAGUGACCAAGGCUACAGCCCAGAUUGGGUUCAUCAAGUUCGUCCUGAUCCCAAUGUUUGAAACAGUGACCAAGCUCUUCCCCAUGGUUGAGGAAAUCAUGCUGCAGCCGCUUUGGGAAUCCCGAGAUCGCUACGAGGAACUGAAGCGGAUAGAUGACGCCAUGAAAGAGGUACAGAAGAAGACUGACAGCUUGACGUCUGGGGCCACUGAGCAGUCCAGAGAGAGAAGCAGAGAUGUGAAAAGCAGCGAAGGAGACUGUACCUGAGGAAAGCAGGGACCGUGGCCACAGUUCUGGACACGCUGGCGGAGCCACGCAGGCAGAGCCACGCAGGAUCCUUGCACAGGGAGGAGCUGCCUGGGGCACCUGGCACCACACGACCACGUUUUCUAAGAACCAUUUUGUUCACUGAUACAAAAAAAAAGGAAUUCAUGAUGCUGUACAGAAUUUUAUUUUUAAACUGUCUUUUAAAUAAUAUAUUCUUCUAUGGAAAGGGGUACUGGACAUUUUCUUUGGUAGAGUUGUGUACGAAGGCUGCUUCCGGUAAGUUCUCUCGUGGAGAUGAAGGACACUGUGCUUUUUCCCAGGUGCAUCCUAGAGCAAUUGACCAGUGUGACAUGGUGCGUACGUCCCUGUAAAUUCAGCAUUAAAUGUCAGAACGGUGCCCUGAGCGCAAGGA